AUGGGCGCGAACGGCAGCCCGAAGAAAUCCUUGUUGAUGAAAGCUUUGUGGACGGCGGCGACGGGGAUGGGAUCCACGACGUCUGCCCCCCCGCCGGGGGCCUCCACGCCCGAGAAAGCGGACGCGAGCACCGACGACGAAGCGGACGAGGACGAGGAAGAGGAGGAGGCCAGGAUCACACCCGCAUGUGUGGAGGAGGGCCCCGUCUUCGACGAGAAGCGAGGCUCCUACCUGGCUCUCCUCAGCACCAGCCUUUGGCGGACCCAGCAGGCGUUGGCAGGCUUCCGCCUAGUCCGCCGCUGCUACCCUGGAAAGUGGGUCGAAGAGCCCCACCUGCUUCGGGUGUGGGAGGGACGAAAGAGGGGCCUGGUGGAGAGCAGGGGUCCCCUCGGGGACACUAGCAGGGAGGACCAGGACACGGGGGCGGUGGGGCGAGGCGGUGAGGAGGCUUGGGCCCAGAGCCCGUGGAGAGAGGCCAAGGGCCUCGCAGGGGCUUCCAUACCGAUCCUGAGCCGAGUUAAAGCCUGGAGCAGGGAAUUGGCGGGGACGGCGUGGGUGCGUGGGAGGGAGGGCAGGUCCGUGAGGAAGGUGCUGGUGGUGCUCUUCCUCCUCCUCGGCUUGGGCCUGUGGGCGCGGCAGGGACCCUUGCCCCUCCGUGCGUGGGCAACGGUCGUGCCAAAGGAGGAGGGAUGGGAGGGAGGGGCGGGGUCGGGCGCGAGGGGAUGGUCGAGGGAGGGGAAGAAUGCCCCAGAGGUCGUGGCGUGGACGAUGCCGUCGUCGGAGGAGCCAGGUGUCCCGCCCGGGGACUGGGACGGGCGGACCCAAGCAGAUGAUGAAUUUGGAGUCGGGGGUAGUGGGGAGGAGGGAGAAGAAAAGAAAGGCGGUGGUUCGGGGGAGAGCGAGGUCCUGUUGCAGGGGAAAGCGGGGCAGGUGGACGAGGGGGGAAGUCUGGUGGAGAUCGAGUCUCUAGCGUCCAGGACGGCCGAUGAGAGAGCAGGAGCGAAGGCAGCGGCCCCUAGUAGGACGGAUGGGAAGGUCAAGAGCGAGGGUCGGGGCCACGGACAUGCCAAGGAAGGCACGAGGGACGGCGGGCGGGGGGAAGAGGUCUGUGUGAGCGAGGGCAAUCCCAUCCCCGCCCUCCUCGAAUUCGCCCCAGCCCUGCCUGCCGACACUUCCGCCCCGGGUCCACACGGGUCUGCCCCUUCUUCCCCCUUCCCUCUCCCGGCGAGCGACCCGCACCCCACCCUCCCCGACGAAGCCAAGCAGGUGGUCAGGGCGGUCCCCCCAUCGCGAGGCCAGAGCCCGCGUCGAGAGGGCGUGGGCCUGUCGGGGGCGGCCGGUUUGGGAGGGUGGGGCGCCGGACGGGGGGAGCUGACGCGCCUGUACGACCGAGGAUUCAUGGCGGAGGACUUGUCUUUGAUGGAGGUGGUGGCGGUCUUCGGUUUGGAGUACGCGCACCAUCUCCUGCGCCGGCACCGAGACGACCUCCGGGCCUGGGGCCAAGGCUGGUGCCUGCCCGGCCAUGCCUGGAGGGGCGGGUCUUGCAAGCCCAACGCCGUGGUGCGUGUUGCCCUUUGUGUAUGGGACGUGGCCAGGGCCAAAGCCCGGCAAGUGCAUGACUUGGCUUUCGAGUGGGGGGCUGUAGCGGCGCAGCAAGUCCAGCUUUCCUUGCCAGCGCCUCCCGGCCCCGCGGAAGCCGAGGCUGUGGCCCUAGCAGCCGGCGCGUGGAUGCGACGUUGGCAGAAAGCAGUGACAGCAUCGCUUGUGUGCACCAUCAAGCGAUCGUCCACGUUUUUGCAAGGGUGGCGGGACGGGGGCCAUCAGGGAGGGGGGAAGCAAAUGAAGCAGGGAGGUACCGGGAAAAAAAUGAAGAAGCGAAGGAAAAGGGGAAAAGAGGGCUUGGAGACGUCGACCACAAGACGGAAGACGCAUGUGGCUGCGUAA